UUGCAGCUGAAGAAGAUGCAGUUUGAAGGGAGUCCGAGAAGUAUUCCGAAGUUCCAGAUUCAGAAUGCUCGGGGAUCAGUUCACAAGGGUCCGAAAAAGAUGGAAGAUCUAAAUUUACAAAUGUAUUUGGAGCCACCGAUGGACGAUAUCACAUUGCUUGAAUUUCAAGAACUGGCACUCAGCAGGUUGAGAGUGUUGAAAGCCGUCGAGCAGGUAAAAGAUCGUUUUCCACGUGAAACUGAAGCGAUGAAAAAUCAGUUAACAAAGCAGUUGAUGAAACUGAUGCCAAUAGCAUGUGGUUGUUGUCCACUGGAAGAACUCGAAAAUGAAAGAAGACGCGAUGUUAUAUCUCAUUUCAUCCUUCGACUUGCAUUUUGUCAAACUCCUGAGCAGACUAAAUGGUUUAUCCAACAAGAAAUGGACUUAUUUAAAUUUCGCUUUCAAAUUGUUUCAAAAAGUUAUGAGGCCGUAACUCAAUUUCUGCAAGCUAACAAUUUUGAUGCUCAAUUGGUCACAGAUGUUGAAAAAGGAAACCUAAAGGAAGACCUUUCGAAUGCUUGUUCUAUACCGCUUAGCAAGGUUACAAGCACAAGUUUUUGGAAGGUUCCUUUUGAAGAUGCACUUGAUUUAGUUCGUAAAAGGCGGGUUCUGCUGGUUUUCGGUCAUGCCUUUGUUUCUGAAGAUGAUCUCCAAGUUAUAUUAUGCACAAGACUUCGUCUUAAUAUCGCCGCUGCUAUGGCUCACGCUUGUAGAAAUAUCGUAUUCAUUGAAGAAAAUGACCGAUUGAUGCCAUUUUUGAGGAGUCUAUCGAGCAGAUCUUAUGUGGGCAAAAAUUACAUUGGAAUGGAUGGUUCUCAUGUUACACCUGAUAUGGUGGAUUCCCUUGCUGCAACUUCGUUCCCGCUAUGUAUGAGGAAUAUACAUAAUCGACUGAGGGCAGACCAUCAUUUACGUCAUGGAGCUCGAAUGCAGUAUGGAUUGUUUUUAAAAGCGAUUGGCAUGACACUGGAAGAUGCAUUGCUCUUCUGGAGGGCUGAAUUCACUAAAAAAAUGGAUCCAGAUAAGUUCGAUAAGCAAUAUGCCUACAAUAUUCGCCAUAAUUAUGGCAAGGAAGGAAAACAUGCGGAUUAUUCGGCAUAUCCUUGCACAAAGAUAAUCCUGGAUUCUAGUCCCUCGUCUGCAGACUGUCAUGGUUGCCCUUAUCGACACAGUGAUUUGCAGCCACUCGUUCAAAAUUUGAGAAGUUCGGGUCUUUCCAAAUCUCAAAUUGAGCACAUUACUUUAUUGUCAAAAAAUACCCAAUAUGAUAAAGCUUGUACGCGAUAUUUCGAAUUUUCCCACAAAAUGGUCGAGAACUCCUUGGGUACGGUAAUAACUCAUCCCAAUCAAUAUUUCGAACUGUCGCGCCAGGUCCACGAAGGGAAACGGAACAGGGAGGAGGAGCCGAAACAUGAGGUCACGAUGAGCUCGUAUGCGAACACCACGCAACAUGGAGCUGACGUUGACAUCGAAGAUCUCAUCAAAAUGGAGAUUCUAUAGUGAAUCAGCGAGACCCUUAAACGUGACUGUUUAAAGAAUGAAUUAUUCUUCUUGCCAGCUUUUAGACUGCACUUGACAGACCUGUGUUCACUGUUUUGGUUCCAUUCACUUUUUUGAUGUGCCCUCAUGAGUUGUGCC